UUUCUAGGAAUGUCCGAGUCUAGGGCACCUGUAUAAAAUUUUUGACUACCGACCAUCUUAUUUUAAAGCUUCGAUCAACUUCUUUCCUCAAAACAAUUAUUAACCCGCGUUUGUUCAUAUCAUCAGCAUCAUUUGAAGCCUGAUCGAAAUAGCAGACAUUCGAAUUAGGGGGUAAGUGGGACCCACUGUCUGGGCCACCCGCAGAACCGCGUGUGGGAUACCCUUUAUCUUUCCUGUGGAUGGAUUUCCUGCUUAUAUUCACUUACAAGUUUACAGGUUUAUCACCACAGAAUUUUGCCCGGGUGCAGCUGUUUUGGGUAUGGGAAUCCUUUGACGAAUCUAAACAUGUUAAGGCUGGUGAUGAUAAUCGAGCACUUUUUUAUCUGAUUGCAUUAAAAUGGAGUAACACCCAGCACAGGGAAACUGAGUGAAAAGUGACUUGUGACAUUUGUCAGAAAGCGAAGUCUAUGGUAUCCAUAUGCUAUUAAUCAUGAAGGGAAGAUUGCAACAAUUAAAAGACUAACCCUCAGUACUCUGGAAGCAUCCAGUUGCUCCAGAAAACUCAGCGAACACGAAUGUGUACUCUAUAGAACUCAGAGGAAUUAGUCUCAAUAUCCAGUAUAGUCAUAGAAAGUCUUUGAAAUUUCAUUCAACAGAUUUAGGGCUAACACAGAUAGGCAACCUUGCUUGUGUACAGACACCUAUGACAAGAGAAUUUGUAGGUGGGGCUGAAAGAAUGAAUUAUCAGAAUUCUCCUAUGUCUCCUCUUUCUCCUCGAGAGGCUGGAUCUGAUGGCUUGCCUCAUACUAGUCAAAGUACAAAUCUCAAUUUCAGUCAAAUCCAAUUGAGCGAUGAUUUCCUCCAGACUUAUGCUUCAGACAACGAUUGUCACUUCAAAGCUCAACCAUUUUUGCAACUUAGCACUAUGCAUUCACACGAGAGAUCUUUAUGUAUGCGAAGUUCAUCAACUGUUACAAGCCCAAUUUCAUCAGAGACUUCACAAACAUAUUCUUGGGAUUCUCAAUGUUUCCAGUCUGCAGAGGCUGCAAUUGCCCAAGAUAGAGGACACCAGGGUGGCAAUGACCAGCCAGCAAGUUUGACUCACCUGCUUGAUCAACUGUCAACUGCAUUAUAUGGACCUGACGGCAAUAAACCCAAAAAUAUGGAAAAUGCAUCCGAGGGUCACAUGCUUACAGAAAAUUCAGGGUGGAGUUUACAGGGUUUAAGUGACAUUAAUGAUAUUUUUGACCAAAGUUCGUAUCCUGUUUGCCUACAAACAAAUAAUACAGAUAGCCACAUGGCAGCAGAGAACCUGCACCAGCAACCAGUUAAUGAGUAUCAAUGCAAUAAAGUAGAAAGAAUGGAGGAAGUAGAAUCAAAAGCCGAGUUUUGUUUGUCGAAAAAUACUCCUUGGGAAAAAAACCAAGUUGAUGUGUUGGAGAAAGCACAGGGAGAUGUAAAGUGUUUACUCAUCAAAUGUGCAGAAGCUGUUGCUGGUAAUCAUUAUGUGAAGGCAGGAGAAUUGAUUGCAGAGUUGAAAAAAAUUGUUUCAAUAUUUGGGGAUCCAAUGGAACGGUUAGGUGCAUAUAUGCUAGAAGGCCUUGUAGCAAGGUUGCAUUCUUCAGGAGGAAGGAUUUACAGAGCCUUGAAUUGCAAAGAUCCAACCAGUUCUGAACUUCUCUCCUAUAUGCAAAUUCUUUAUGAAGUUUGCCCUUAUUUCAAAUUUGGUUAUAUGGCUGCGAAUGGUGCCAUUGCAGAAGCAUUCAGAGAUAAAGACAGAUUGCACAUAAUUGAUUUUCAGAUUGCUCAAGGCAGCCAGUGGGUAACAUUAAUUCAAGCACUUGCAGCAAGACCAGGUGGUGCACCUCAUAUUCGGAUUACAGGUGUUGAUGACCCUGUAGCAGAAUAUGCUCGUGGUGAAGGAUUGCAGUUGGUUGGCCAGAGGUUAUCAAAGCUUGCUGAGACCUAUCAAGUUCCUUUCGAAUUUCAUGCUCUGCCUGUAUUUGGAGCUGAUGUUUAUGCCAGUAUGCUUGAUGUUCGGCCUGGGGAAGCAUUGGCUGUAAACUUCCCUUUGCAGCUUCAUCAUAUGCCCGAUGAGAGUGUAAGCACAAGUAAUCAUCGUGACCGAAUUUUAAGGAUGGUCAAAGGUCUGGCUCCAAAUGUGGUAACACUAGUGGAGCAGGAAGCAAAUACUAAUACUGCACCUUUCUUUCCCAGGUUUGUGGAAACCUUGAAUUAUUAUUCUGCUAUUUUUGAAUCUUUGGAUGUAACUCUGCCAAGGGAAAGCAAAGAUCGUGUUAGUGUUGAGGAACACUGUCUAGCACGUGAUAUUGUGAAUGUCAUUGCCUGUGAAGGUGCUGAACGGGUAGAAAGGCAUGAACUUUUGGGUAAGUGGAGAUCCCGUCUGACCAUGGCUGGAUUCAAAUCUUAUCCUCUAAGUUCACAUGUUAACUCCACUAUUAAAUUUCUUUUGGAGUCUUAUAAUGAGAACUACAGGCUUGUAGAAAAGGAUGAUGCUCUCUAUCUGGGAUGGUUAGACCGAGACUUGAUUGUUGCUUCUGCAUGGAAGUAGUCUGUGAUAUAUGUAACAUGUUCUCUAAAAAUGAGGAUUAUCAUUAUAAAUGUCUUCUGGGAAAAACCUGCUGAAAAAUGUUCAGAAACUCAACUCAUAUUGCAUUGAGAGAGUGGCUUAGCCACAAGACUCUCAAAGCUGUUAUGAGGAGGUUGAAAUUUUGUAGUGUAGAUUAUUCACAGAAAUAUGUAUUGAAAACGUAUUACAAUUGAAAUGACAAUUCUUCCCCAUCCCACAAGUUCUUUUCCCUGUUUGUUUUA